CGUUGACCAUUCCAGAUUUUUCUGCUUCCAAGUAUUAGAACACCAUGCAAAGAAAAGGUAUUUUGAUAGGUUGAUAAAUUCAUUCAGUAACGCUUGCCACUGACGAAUUGACCCUCCUGUAUAGUGGCAACACAAAUAUAGAUAAACAAAUAAAUAACAAAUCAGAAACAUGGCUGAUUGUUGUGGCCGUGUUGAUAUUUCCGAAAUCAGUGUCUUGAAAAGACAGUCGGAAGCCAGUAGAAACGUUCAUGUUUUAUGACGUCACAGUGAAGGAAUGCAGCGUGGAACUUGUAUGUUAUUUUACUUAUUAGUAACUUUAUUUAGUUUGACAGAUUGCCAAUGGCUCGCCAAGCGCAAAACAAGCUUUCGAGCGAAGGGAGAAGCUUUGUUCGUGGGAAGACACUGGGAGAAGAAAUGAAAACUAAAUAAAGUUACUAAUAAGUAAAAUAACAUACAAGUUCCACGCUGCAUUCCUUCAUCGUGACGUCAUAAAACAUGAACGUCUACUGGCUUCUGACUGUCUUUUCAACUUCUGGAAAAGACACUCUACUGAUUUCUGUAAUAAAUUAGGCGGCUGUGGGAAGCGGGGGAGGGGAGUCGAGGCAAUCUUAAAGCAUCCAAAUUAACUAGUGUAUGUUGAUUAGAUAGCAACACACUGGGCUCUUCAACCAAAUUACUAUGUAAUAUAUCACACUUUCAUUCUUCACCAAGAUAACUUCACGAUUUGAGAUGGCAAAUAACUAAAUCAAUUUUAGAAAAUAGUACGUCGUUUUCGAAAAUAACCUGGCUAAAUAAAGUAUACCAGGUUGAGGAAAAAUAAUUUUGUUUGAAAGCUUAGAGUGGCGGAUGGAGCUUAUAUUUUUCAGGUGGUUGUAUAUAUUUGACACCGCAGCUGUUCAUUGUUGCCUCUAUACCUAUAACAGGAACUAGUUUGUAGUUGCUGCAAAAACGUCUUUACUUAAUGUUUUAGCUACAAUGAGAUGACAGAGUCUGACCAACAUCUACUCAAGCAGAUGUUGAUGUCAUGGCUACAUCAACAGGUAAGUUCUCUUUCCCCCCACAUACAGACUGAUACAGUCAGUUGAUUGGCCAGUCAAUAAACAAAUAGAGAGGUUUAGAUUUGACUUUCACUACCGCUACUUUUCACUGCCUUAGUUCGCAUCUGAUUGGUUAAUCGGAUUAAUCAUUUAUUCAAACGGUUUCUGAUUGGGCACAGACGGAGAAUAUAAUAUUCAACCGACUGACGUCAUAACGUUGAAUAUGGAAAAAAUUCAACGUUAUGACGUCAUGCAAUGGAAAUACGAAAGUGGGAACACAAUGAGUACAACAUGACGCUGUCGUAUAGUAGGUUCCCAGCGCAGCGCCGCCAGUUCAUUCAAGCGUAAAUAUACUUCAUGUAAUAUAUCAAUAUUGUGAUUAACGUAAUUCAAACUAAAUCGUAAGUAGGUCUUUGUAUGCGUAAAAUGAUACGUCACAGUGACACAUUGUAAUUUGGUAGGGUAAUCAAAUAGCUGGGCAGCGAUUGAAUGUCAUUGUUGCUGUCAGAUCGUAUAGCGAGACAAUCGGAAUGUUUAAUAGUCUAAAACUCACGUUGUAAAUACUUUCUCUCACAUAAUACAAUCAAUAAAGUCAUAAAAUACACUCCCUUGAGCGUUUAUUGAACGUACCAGACGGUGGAAUCACAAGUUCCACAACAGGCGCCAAAUGGCAUGUUUAAAGGAAACAACUUCGAAAAUAUAAUCAAGAAAUAUGAACGAAAGCAGUCAACGAAAGGUUUUGAAAUAUGUUAAGGUACUUACGAAAGAAAAAGGGAAAGAUUUGUGUAAAAUAACUGGUCAUUAUUUCGACUAAUGGAACCCACAGGUGCCGGUGUCUUCUUCAUCUUUUAAAGGGAUAUGGUAAUAUAAAUUUGUCUUAUUUGAAAGAACAUUUAAAACGAUAUAUAAAACUUCUCUCAUUCCAAAUUAAAUAAACUUCUCUCAUUCCAAACUUUAGCAGCAGCGUAACCAAAAGUACGUUUCAUUGAAUUUGUUUUUGGCUUUGACAACAUCAACUUAUUUUUAUUGCUUCGUAAUUCAUAUCUUACAGAGUUGGAUAAUUUGAACAUAUCCGAAAUGUUCUUAGGACAUUGGCAUGUAAGAGCUUUUGAUACGUAUUUUAGUUGUUGUUCCUUCCUUCUUUCACUUAACGUUUUCCAUUCUAGUUUCUUUAAAAUAUCAAUCGCGCGUAUUUCGUAUGGGUCGCCGGUAAUAACUCUAGCAGCUCGGUUUUGAAGCUUCUGAAGCUUCCCUCUUAAAUAUUCACCACAGUUACCCCAAACCAUUGAGCAGUAAUCAAGGUGUGGUUGAACUAGGGCUUGGUAAAUAGAGCUUUUUUACUGAUGUUGUCAAUCUGCUUAUCCCAGCACAGAUGUUCGUCAACCUAUACGCCUAAGGUCUUUUUGGUUUCAACCUCUUUUAAUACUUUCCCGUCGAUAGAAACAUUAAUGUCUUGAGAAAAAUUAUUCAACCUUUGACGUGUUCCAAUGAUCAUAUAUUCUGUUUUUUCUACUUUUAAGGUUAAUUUGUUUGAAAGAAGCCAGUGAUGAAUAUUUUCCAAUUCACUAUUUAAGGCCUCUUCCACAUGAAUUAAACUAGAUGAACGCACUGUAAUAUUUGUAUCAUCAGCAUACAUUGCUGCAUGUGAGUUCUCCAUACAGUUUGGGAGAUCGUUCACAUAUAACAAAAAUAUAAGAGGACCAAGAUUUGAUCCUUGUGGCACCCCACAACUUAGUUUCUUUGUGUACGAUGUUGCAUUAUUGACCACCCAGAAUUGUUUUCUAUUGUGCAAAUACGAUUUAAACCAGUCUAGGGAUUUGUUUCGAAUUCCAUAAAUAAAUAACUUUUUAAUAAGAAUUUUAUGAUUAACUGUGUCAAUUGCUUUGCAUAGAUCAAGGAAAAGAACACCGUUUAUCAACCCAGCAUCCAUAUUCAGUAGCCAUGGAUCAGUAUUUUCUUAAAGAACUGUUGUGGUUGAGUGACCUUUUCGAAAACCGGACUGACAUGAGCUCAGAAUAUUAUUUUUGGUUAAAAAUAUAUUGAGUUGCGAACAAGCAAGCUUCUCAAACAGUUUUGCAAUUAUCGAGAGUAUAGAAAUAGGUCGAUAAUUACCUCCUUCUUUGUUUCCAGAUUUAUGAAUUGGACUUACUCUGGCUAUUUUAAAAUCAUCAGGAAAAAUUCCAUUACUUACGGAGGCAUUAAAAAUCAAUGUUAAAAAAGGGGCCACAACGUCUUUCGAGUCCUUUACAAGUUUGGCUGGAAUAUUGUCAGGCCCCACCGACUUAGAUGUAUUUAAUUUACUAAUUUCAUUAAGAACUUCCUGAAUAUGACCACAUGGCAAACCUCAUGUCAUUAUCAGUAUGAAACUCGAUUUUCCGAAGUCUUUUUAGUACUAGCUGAAUAAUUCUUGAUGUCAUGCGAAAGCCGAAUCCAAUAAUUGUUUUAUUAUACAUUUAAAGACAUCAGAAACGUAUAAAACGAUUAAACGAAGUUUAUUAAUGUUUCAAGUAUAUUUAUUUUAUUUCCGUGCGCUUUUCGGUUUGAGUUUGGCCGCGCCGGGGCUUGGACACGACAGCGUCCAAUGGAUGCAAGUUCGAUCCAAAAAAACUAUUAUUGGACCUCUGUGAUUGGAUGCUGAGCACGUCAGCAACUGAAAUUACGUGAUAAGUACUGAAUAUUGAGAAUUAUCCGGUGCUCUCUGACCGAUCAGGAACGAGAAUACAUACUAAAUGGAUAAUAAUAUUAUCAAUAUAUCAAUUUAAGUUGCGAGUGCCUUCUACUCGUUUCAUCUUAAAACAAUUUUCAAAAAUUUUCUCAACAGUCAGUUCGUGAUGUGAAUGCAGAGAAAGGAUACAUUUUAAACAAAGGAGCACAAGUGAUCACUUUGAUUUUCAUCAAUGAUUACCCUGAGAAG